CGUCAGUAGGAUUCUGUACUGCGCAGGUGCGGCAACAGCAAGAAGUAGAAGAAGAAACCUGCAGACAGACACAAGUAGGCAACAUCUGAAACAUGGCUGGACUGGCACCCUUUGUGGUCUUAUGUGUCUUCAUUUUGGGUGCAACACAACAGACCCUGAACACUCAGGAUGCUUCUUUCUGUCAUGGUGGGCUGGAAGUAAUCUAUCCAGAACUGGACAUCGACAAAUGUCUCAUAAUUCCAAAGGACAGGAACCUUAGAGAGAAAGUCAGUACAGUUUGGAAAGCUCCACAGAUUUACUUCUCCAGAGCACAGCAGAAGAAGUACGUCCUGGCGAUGGUUGAUCCGGAUGCUCCCAGUCGCACCAAACCAACAUCUGCGCACUGGAGGCACUGGUUGGUCGUGAACAUACAGGGCAAAGCGCUCAAGAAUGGACGGAUACAAGGAACAACUCUCACUGAUUAUCUUCCCCCAACCCCGCCGCAUAAUACUGGCCUUCACCGCUACCAGUUCAUGUUGUUUGAACAGCCUGCAGACGCACAAGUGUCACUCACCAAGCAGGAGAAGUCAUCCCGCGGUAAAUGGGAUUUUCAGGCCUUCGUCAAAAGAUUUGAUCUGGGGGAGCCUGUUGCUGCUGUUCAGUUUCUCACCCAAAACUACAAAGACUGAAGGAUGCUCAGCUGCCUGAAAUGGAGGAAGUAAAAUCUGUUAGCACAAUAUUAUAGAAUAAGAUGUUUCCCCACUUUCCCUGUUUCUCUGCUUUCCCUGUUCCCUUGCUUAAGCAGCACGAAGUCUUCAAAGCUUGCACACGUCAGCCGUUUUUGCCCCUAUCUUAUCGUUGACUUGGAAAGAGACUUCCUCCUUGUGUUACAUCAGCUGCUUGGUUUUGAUGUUGCCCCGUAUCUCUGUCACGUGGUCUGGAGGGAAGGAUUCCUGUGAUAGAUUCUGACUUCGCUGGGGAUUUCUUAUUAGUUUCCGAACUCCGUCGACAAGAGAAGGAAGACCGCCUGAUAUCACAACUCGGUGUGGAAAGAGUUGAUUCUAAUUCAGGGGCGGAAACACGUCAGGGCCAAAAAAAGGAAGUGGGAGGUGAAACCGAGACCGCAACACAGCCGGAUGCCGCAGUGGAACUUGAACCAAAAUACUCUACAGAGUGACAGGACAGGGGGAGGGGCUGUGGGGCUGUCAUGUACCGAGGGAAGGGAACUUGCUGUUUGUGUAAUUGUUUAUCAUAUUUCCAUUGACCACUCUUACCACAACUGGAAACAAUGAGUUACUUUCAGGUCCUUGAUUGAUUUUUCGGAAAUAAAGAAAACGCUCCGUC